GGUAUUUAGAGCGCAGCGGCUGAGGGGCCCGGUCGCCUUCGCCGCCGCCGCCGCUGUCCGCCCGCUGUUGCGUCGCCCGCCCGCCCUCGCCCCUGCCUCGGCCGCCGAGCUCGCCCCCAGCCCCGCCGCAGACAUGUCCGAGUCCCGGAGCAACCCCGAGUACUCCGCCUUCUUCGCCGUCAUGGGCGCCUCGGCCGCCAUGGUCUUCAGCGCCCUGGGCGCUGCCUACGGCACGGCCAAGAGCGGCACUGGCAUAGCGGCCAUGUCUGUCAUGCGGCCAGAGCUGAUCAUGAAGUCCAUCAUCCCCGUGGUCAUGGCUGGCAUCAUCGCCAUCUACGGCCUUGUGGUGGCCGUCCUUAUCGCCAACUCGCUGACAGAGGGCAUCUCCCUCUUCAGGAGUUUCCUGCAACUGGGGGCCGGCUUGAGCGUGGGCCUGAGUGGCCUGGCAGCCGGCUUUGCCAUUGGCAUCGUGGGGGACGCCGGUGUACGGGGCACUGCCCAGCAGCCCCGGCUCUUCGUGGGCAUGAUCCUCAUCCUGAUCUUUGCCGAGGUGCUGGGCCUCUAUGGCCUCAUCGUUGCCCUCAUUCUCUCCACCAAGUAGCACCACCCCGGCCCUCCGGCCCGAGAAUCUGAUGUAAAGACCACCCCCCUCAUUCCAGAAGAGCAGCCUGACUCGCACGCCCGUGGCAGCCAACCCCCCAGUAGCUGGUCUUGUACAUGCACCGUGUCUUAGUGCCCGUGGUCUGUCAUUCCCAGCCUUGCCCCCGCCCGCCCCGCGUGUGGACAUCGGGCCCAGUUGUCCCUGCCAGGGCCUGGCCAGCGAGACGCAGGCCCCCCCUGGCCAACCCCCCCCCCCCCGAGUGGUCUGUGCAUACGGAUGAAUUAGAGCUGUCACUGUUCUCUUCACUGGAUGUUUAUUUAUAAAAGAUCUGACCUGUUCAUGCGUCUGUGGAGCAGCCCUCGCCUCCCGCCCAUGUAGAAACCUUUUAGAGUGUUGCCUGUGGGUUGCUGUGUGACGCUCCCUGGAUGUAGCGGCCCUGCCCUCCUCUCCGGGCGCCCGGGCCUGCGCGGGAGCCGUGUCCAAUAAAGUCCUCGGAUGUGACCGGA